GAGGUGGUGUGGGGGAAGUGGGGGGGGGGGGUUGAUGUUGUUGUUGUGGGAAAGCAGCUGUCGUCUCGUCGACAUAUCUACCUGAAGAGAGAAAAGGGAAAGGAUAAGAGAGCGUAGAAUGACUCGAGUCCACGCGAGCUCUCCACUCCAUAUCGAUGUGGGAAGGACGGCGGGAGUGGAGGUGGUGUCUAAGAGGGAGGAGCGGCAUGUCGACUGGGGUGGGUCUCUGCUUGGGGCGAGUGCGACUUCCCGUCGUGAUCGGGAUCGGGAUCGGUCCGCAUCUAGUAAAAGGGGAAGUGGGGACGACGUCGGAGGUCUUGGGGCCUCCUCCACCUUUUCUCACACGAAGAGAGGUGGAGGAGGAGGAGGAGGAGGAGGAGGGCAUAAUAGUCAUCAUCAUCAUCAUAGUGGUGGUGGGCGGGAAAGUGCCAGCAGCAGUCUGGAUGCAAUGAUAGCAGCUUGCCUGCAGAAUCUAUUGGACCCUCCUGGUUCAUCCUCGUCGUCUCGGGAUGAGACGACAAUCCAUCAAGCGUCCGAGAGCGGGAACUACAACGCCGUUUUAGCGAUGCUUGAUGCUGCGAGACCGGCUGAUGUCAAUGCCCGAGCCGAGCCUGAUGGGGAGUCGGCGUUGUUCGUAGCGGCCUCCAGCGGCCAUGUAGACACCUGCAACUUGCUGAUCGCCAGAGGGGCGGAGGUGAAUUCGAGGAACAACUCGAACGGUGAUGGUCGGGGUGAUGCGCCACUGCACGGAGCGGUGCGCCAUAACCGAGUCACGUGUUGUCGGAUUCUCAUCACGGCUGGUGCAGAGGUCGACGCGAAGGGUAAGGAUGGCGGGACCCCGUUGCAUGAGGCAGCAGCAGGCGGGUUCACAGUUGUCAUGCGUUUGCUGCUAUGUUCUGGAGCCAAUCUGAACGCGGUGGACGCGGACAAGAACACAGCUUUACACCUGGCUGCGGUGAAGGGGCACCUAGCCGCUUGCCGGGUCCUGCUUGAUCGCGGUGCCAAUCCUAAUGCAUGCAAUGCGUUCCUAUCGACCCCUCUGCACGCGGCUACAUCGAAAGGGCAUGCACCAGUGGUUAGACUGUUGCUGAAGUACGGUGCUUCGUUGAAUGCGAAGGACGAGCAAGGACACAGUCCUCUGAUGGAGGCGGCGAUGCUCGGCCACGUACCAGUUGUGGAGGUACUUGCGGAGCAGGCAGGGCUGAUGGUCGACAGCAUGGAUCGACUACACGAGAAUGCGCUGCACAAGGCGAGCGCCGCUGGGCAUCUUCGAGUAGUCAAGCUUCUCGUCGGAAGGGCUGCGAACGUGAAGUCGACAAACUACAACAUGCGCCAUGCACUUCACCUCGCAGCCGCUGCUGGUCACGACCCGGUCGUUGCCUUUCUGUUGGAGAACGGCGCUGCUGUGAAUGCGAGGGACCUGGCCGGGAUCACGGCCCUGCACCUUGCCGCGGCAAAUGGGCACAUCUCGACCGUCAAAACUCUGCUCGAAACUCGUCCGGCCGCCCGUCAAAGGCAACCGGGGGGAGGAGGCGGCGGCGGACCACCUCCCCAUGGCGAGGAGGGCAUUGAUAUUGAUGCAGCGGAUGCUCGCGGUCGUACUGCCCUCAUGCAGGCCGCAGAGAUCGGGAAUUUCGAGGUUGUCGAGCUGCUCGUCCAGCGUGGCGCGGACAUCACUCUCCGUGAUUUGGCCGGCCAAUCCGCGGCAGACGUGGGGAAAACGGACCGCAUUCAGCAAUUCCUCCGCGGACAGCAGACGUGGACAAUCACGGCACACAGAAUGUUUCCGUAUCCAGGCCAGUGGAGAGCCGCCAUGCGGGCUCUCCUACCCUCUUCACCCGAAUAGAACGCGCCCUCUGGAGUCGUUAUCGUCAUUGCUGUGUCUAGACUGGGAAAUCUUGGCCCCAAAAAAUAAAAAUACAGCUGCUAUAAUUAAUGAAAGUGUGUGUGUUCUAUUCGGGGUGAAGCAGGUAGCGAUAUGUGUCAGCUGUCACGUGUGUCUGUGAUCAGAGUUAAGGUGGAGCAGAAAUCAGUCCUGCUAUCUGGCUGGCAGUCAAUUCCCCUCCGUGAAGAUGUGCCUUUGAUCAGCACGUGGAGGCAGAUGCAGAAUUGAAAGGCAGAUUUGGAAUUGCACACAACUGCUUUCGGAAAAGACCCCCCCCCAGAAAAAAAUAAUGAAAGAAAGAAAAAAAG